UUCGAGCGCCCUGCUAGCUUGCGGUGGGGCAGCGCCCACCGCCAGUGUGCAAACCUGAGGGUAGAGACAGCCUCUGGACUCCCCUUCUUCUCCGCGGAAGGCGGCAUCCGGCAUCGGAGGCCUGCGGGCGUUGGAAAUCUCUUUAGGCGUGUCUGGCAGAGGGGUUGGGGAAGAUUUAGGGGCGGAACGGGGACGUGUGGAUCUGCUAGGUAACUGAGUAACCACCGCAGUCCAAAUGUGGAGCAGGAGGCGGGACCUCUAGGGUGUGCCCCACGCACGGAUCUGAGCUGUUGCCACUGGCCCUAAAGCGUCCGUAAGGGAUAGCUAAGAAACAAUUAUGUCAGGGUGGGAGUCUUACUACAAAACCGAGGGCGAUGAAGAGGAGGAAGAACAAGAGGAAAGCCCGGAAGCAGGUGGAGAACAUAAAUAUUCAGGAAGAGAUAGUUUGAUUUUUUUGGUUGAUGCCUCCAGGGCCAUGUUUGAAUCUCAGGGUGAAGAUGAAUUGACUCCUUUUGAUAUGAGCAUCCAGUGUGUCCAGAGUGUAUAUGCCAGUAAGAUCAUAAGCAGUGAUCGAGAUCUCUUGGCAGUGGUAUUCUAUGGUACCAAGAAAGACAAAAAUUCAGUGAAUUUCAAAAAUAUUUACGUCUUACAAGAGUUGGAUAAUCCAGGUGCAAAAAGAAUGCUGGAGCUUGACCAGUUUAAGGGGCAGCAGGGAAAAAAACAUUUUCAAGAUCUAAUUGGCCAUGGAUCUGACUACUCAUUGAGUGAAGUGCUGUGGGUCUGUGCCAACCUCUUUAGCAAUGUCCAGUUCAAGAUGAGUCAUAAGAGGAUCAUGCUGUUCACCAAUGAAGACGACCCCCAUGGCAAUGACAGUGCCAAAGCCAGCCGGGCCAGGACCAAAGCUGGCGAUCUCCGUGACACAGGAAUCUUCCUUGACUUGAUGCACCUGAAGAAACGUGGGGGCUUUGAUAUAUCCUUGUUCUACAGAGAUAUCAUCAGCAUAGCAGAGGAUGAGGAUCUUGGGGUUCACUUUGAGGAAUCAAGCAAGUUGGAAGACCUAUUGAGGAAGGUUCGUGCCAAGGAGACCAGGAAGCGAGUGCUGUCCAGGUUAAAGUUUAAGCUCAACAAGGAUAUAGCACUCACUGUAGGCAUUUAUAACUUGGUCCAGAAGGCUCACAAGCCUUUUCCAAUAAGGCUCUAUCGGGAAACAAAUGARCCAGUGAAAACCAAGACCCGGACAUUUAAUGUAAAUACAGGCAGUUUGCUCCUGCCUAGUGAUACCAAGAGAUCUCAGACCUAUGGGAGUCGUCAGAUUGUACUAGAGAAAGAGGAAACGGAAGAGCUGAAGCGGUUUGAUGAGCCAGGUUUGAUUCUCCUUGGCUUUAAGCCCUUGCUAAUGCUGAAGAAGCACCAUUACCUGCGGCCCUCCCUGUUCGUUUACCCUGAGGAGUCCCUGGUAAACGGGAGCUCAACCCUGUUUAGUGCUCUGCUUACCAAGUGUCUGGAGAAGGCGGUCUUAGCAGUAUGCAGAUACACACCCCGCAAGAACACCCCCCCUUAUUUUGUGGCUUUGGUGCCACAGGAAGAAGAGCUAGAUGACCAGAAAAUUCAAGUGACUCCUCCAGGCUUUCAGCUUGUCUUCCUACCUUAUGCUGAUGAUAAACGGAAAGUGCCUUUUACUGAAAAAGUCAUGGCCAACCCUGAACAGAUAGAYAAGAUGAAAGCCAUUGUUCAGAAGCUGCGCUUCAAAUACAGAAGUGACAGCUUUGAAAACCCAGUGCUGCAGCAGCACUUCAGGAAUCUGGAGGCCUUAGCUUUGGAUUUGAUGGAGCCUGAACAGGCAGUAGAUCUGACAUUGCCCAAGGUUGAAGCAAUGAAUAAAAGACUAGGCUCCCUGGUAGAUGAGUUUAAGGAACUCGUCUACCCACCAGAUUACAAUCCUGAGGAUAAAGUUAGCAAGCGAAAACAAGAUGAUGGAGUUUCUGGAAGUAAAAAGCCCAAAAUGGAGGUAUCUGAAGAGGAGCUGAAGGCUCACAUUGCCAAGGGGACGCUGGGCAAGCUCACGGUGCCCAUGCUGAAGGAGGCCUGCAGGGUGCAUGGGCUGAAGGGUGGGCUGAAGAAGCAGGAGCUGCUGGCUGCUCUCACUGAGCACUUCCAGAAGGACUGAUGCUGACCACACACCCUCCCCGUGGCGAAGUUGCCUGCUUUUGUUCUCACCAAGUUAAAGGUGUUUUUCCUGAGCUGGGAGGAGUUGCCUUGCAGAAGCUGAGGACUUUACAUUUGAAACUUGUUGGCACAGAGACCACAUGGCUCUCUCACUUGGCUUAUGCCUUACUCUAUGUGAAUAAAGAACCUUGACUUUGUACUGUGUACUGCUCUUUAGAGUGCAGGAGAAAGGUAUGUCUGCCUUGCAUCCAGAGAGCACUGGCCAUCAGCUCUGAGCUUAAUUUUCUCUCCUACUGGGAACACACAUCGUGAUGGAAACAGAAACCAAAAACAGAAGGGAUGGGGAAGGAUGUCACAGUCCAGGUCAUAUAAACAUACAGGUGCUUCAGGAAUGACAAGCCUUAGCAAGAUUCACUCUCCCCAUCCCUGUCCUCCCACUUGUUUUCCUUCAAACAUGCUGUAUACUAAGGUCUAAAAAUCAGAUUUCAGAAGCAAUGARAGUAACAUUUUAAAUUUUGGUAUCAUUUGCUUCAUGAGUAAAUAGCAGCUUCCUCAGAUUGCGUUCCUCUGAAUAUGCUAUUAAAGUUUGAAGACAUAAAUUUUCUGUUUUCCUCAGAAUUAGUUCCAGUAUAUGAGAAAUUAAGAGUUAUUUUUCAGAGGAGCAUGGGAAGUUCAAGUUGAGAAGUCUAGUGUUAGGAGAACAGGAAGAAGAGGGAAAUGUCUCUCUAUUCUUCCUCCCCAUCCCUCUAUCUUCCUGGUGACUUUUCUGCUCUCUGAUGCUCCUGCUUUUGAAGAAUUAGCCUGAGGUGCCAUCCCAGUUGGUGGCCAUACCUGUAAUCCCAGCUACUCAAGGAGAGAAAGCAAUGUAAAGGUUUGUAUCCUCUGAAGAGGGCUUGAGAUUCAGAGUUUGUAGCUUCUGUGCUGGAGCUACAGACCUAGAAAGGAGGAGUAUGUCGGAGGGCUAGUUUCCUGCUAUAAAAUCUACAGCCUUGGAUUAUCUGCUCUGAAGUUUGUACAUUUUUAAACCUAUAUUUGUUUUUUGUGUUUGAAAAGAGGUGUUAUGGAUUGUAGCUCAGCUUGCCUAGCACAUGUGAGCACUGGGU